GUUUCCUCUUGGCUUUCCUGCGUCUUCGCCUCGCUCUCGUGCAAUCGCCAUUCCUCCUCUCUUUUGAAUUCUCUCUCGUUCGCCCUCGCCCUCCCCGGAGGAGGAAUCUGUCGCGACCCGGAGUCGCGACGCGGGUCUCGACAUCUCUCCCAGCUGCCGCUCCGUACGUCGAAGAAUCGCUAUCGGCGCGCCGUCCUCACCAUCACCAUCCAGCACGGUUGCGACGGUGGUGGUGGUGGUGGUGGUGAUGGUGGUGGUGGUGGCGGUGGUGGUAGCGGCGACAAGCGGCGGCGAGUGGCGACACAGUGCCACCUCCUCGAUUCUAGGGAAUCGAGCGGUUGGUCGGUCGUCGGAGCGCGAGAGGUGCGCGAGAAUGUCCGAGAGAGCGGCCUGAAAGCGCGGAUAAAUGUGUCGGUCGCGUUACAAGACGUGAGGCGCGAACGAGAGAAAGAGAGAGAGGGAGAGAAAGAGAGAAAGAAAGAAAAUGUGCGUGUGCAUGUGUGUGUGAGAGAGAAAGAGAGAGCGAGAGAGACAGAGUGAGUGUGUGCGUGAGCGGAGGGAGGGAGAGUGUCGCGAGCGCGCGCGCGGGGGCAGCCAGAGGAGCGCACGGCACAGCGAGCGAGUUUAUUUUUAGUGGCAGAAGGUGAAGAAGGCGGGCGAGGAGCACCGCGCGGAGUGGUAUUAAGCGGCAGCACAGUGGCCCGAUGAAGCGGCGUAUGUGACAUCGGGUUUUCCUCUCUCUUGCCACCGUCGAGGAAGAAGAGACACCGCGCAGACAUCUUGCUGCCACCGUCCACGCCGUUGGCCCUCCAUUCACUUGGAGGCCAGUGGAGCAGCGACGCCAGAGAAUAAUACGAGCCGUGAAGCUGUGUAGCCUUUUGGAGACGUAACAGUAGUUGGCUUCGGCCAACCCCAACGGCAGCAAGCUGGAUCACAACAUCAUUGCGACGGUAGACGGCCGGCCGGCCCAGUAUGGUAUCACACUUAAGCAACUCCGUGAGCUCAUGGAGCUCCGGGGUCGCGAGGGUGUCAACAAAGUCAAUGGCUACGGUGGUGUGCAGGAGAUUUGUAAAAAGCUGUAUACUUCACCCAAUGAAGGUCUUAGUGGAUCAGCAGCAGACGUACAACAUAGGCGAGAGACAUACGGUUCCAAUAUGAUACCUCCAAAACCACCAAAAACAUUUUUACAGUUAGUAUGGGAAGCAUUGCAAGAUGUCACGUUAAUCAUCUUAGAAGUAGCAGCAUUGGUUUCAUUAGGUCUUAGCUUUUAUCAUCCUGCUGAUGAUGAGGAAAAAUCUGCAAAUGCGGAUGAUCUAAAGGACGAAGCGAAAUAUGGUUGGAUUGAAGGACUCGCUAUAUUGAUUUCUGUAAUUGUGGUGGUCUUAGUGACGGCGUUUAAUGACUAUUCCAAGGAGAGGCAGUUUAGAGGUCUUCAAAGUCGAAUAGAGGGAGAGCACAAGUUCUCGGUUAUACGGCAAGGAGAAGUAAAACAAAUCUCCGUGUCUGACAUUGUUGUGGGUGACAUUUGUCAGAUAAAAUAUGGAGACCUGUUGCCUGCAGACGGUAUUCUUAUACAAAGCAACGAUCUCAAAGUGGAUGAAUCCAGUCUGACUGGAGAGUCAGAUCAUGUAAAGAAAGGGGAAUUGUUCGAUCCUAUGGUACUUUCAGGUACGCAUGUGAUGGAGGGUUCCGGAAAAAUGUUAGUUACUGCAGUAGGUGUUAACUCCCAGGCGGGUAUUAUCUUUACCUUACUGGGCGCUGCUGUUGAUCAACAGGAGCAAGAAAUCAAGAAAAUGAAGAAAGAGGCUAAAAAGCAGCGGAAGAAGAAGUCAUUACCAGGAGAGGAGUCGGUAGAGAUUACCGGGAACAGUCACGUGACGGGAGGUGGCGGCGGCGGCGGGGGCGGUGGCGUCAGCAGCGGUGGCGGCAGCGUCAAGCACGAGGGCGGCGAGAAUCACCAUGCGGCCGCGCCCGCGAGCGCCGUGGAGAGCGGGAAGAAGGAGAAGAGUGUUUUGCAAGCCAAGCUAACUAAACUCGCCAUACAGAUCGGUUACGCCGGCUCGACCAUCGCGGUGCUCACUGUCGUCAUUCUAGUCAUACAGUUCUGCGUGAAGACUUUCGUCAUAGAGGGAAAGCCGUGGCGAAAUACGUAUGCCGGUGAUCUGGUGCGGCAUCUGAUCAUCGGUGUCACGGUGCUCGUAGUCGCCGUACCCGAGGGUCUUCCUCUGGCCGUCACCUUGUCGCUCGCUUAUUCCGUCAAGAAAAUGAUGAAGGACAACAACCUGGUUCGUCACUUGGACGCCUGCGAGACCAUGGGUAACGCCACCGCCAUUUGCUCGGACAAGACCGGCACCCUGACCACGAACCGCAUGACUGUGGUACAGUCGUACAUAUGUGAGAAGAUGUGCAAGACGACGCCGAAUUUCUCGGACAUACCGAGCCAUAUCGGCGACAUGAUCGUACAUGCCAUCUCCAUCAAUUCGGCGUACACGUCGCGGAUAAUGGAGUCGCAGGACCCUACCGAAUUGCCGUUGCAAGUUGGAAACAAAACCGAAUGUGCCUUACUUGGAUUCGUAUUAGCCCUGGGCAAGAAAUAUCAAACCGUGCGGGACGAUUAUCCUGAGGAAACCUUUACGCGGGUGUAUACGUUUAAUAGCGUAAGGAAGAGCAUGUCCACCGUUAUCCCUAGAAAGGGUGGUGGAUUUAGGCUCUUCACCAAGGGCGCUUCCGAGAUCAUCAUGAAGAAAUGUGCCUUUAUAUAUGGUCGCGACGGUCAUCUGGAGACGUUUACCAGAGAUAUGCAAGAGCGUCUAGUAAAGAACGUGAUCGAACCCAUGGCAUGCAACGGGCUGCGCACCAUCUCCAUCGCUUAUCGCGAUUUUGUUCCUGGCAAGGCGGAGAUCAAUCAAGUUCACAUCGACAACGAGCCCAACUGGGACGACGAGGAUAAUCUAGUGAACAACCUCACCUGCCUGUGCAUCGUCGGCAUCGAGGAUCCGGUACGUCCCGAGGUACCGGAGGCGAUCAGAAAAUGCCAAAAAGCCGGCAUUACCGUGCGCAUGGUUACGGGUGACAAUAUAAACACCGCACGAUCCAUCGCGCUCAAGUGUGGUAUCCUGAAGCCGAACGAGGACUUUCUCAUUCUGGAGGGUAAGGAGUUCAACCGUAGGAUCAGAGACAGCAGCGGCGAGGUGCAGCAACAUCUGCUGGACAAAGUGUGGCCGAAGCUGCGAGUGCUGGCCAGAUCGUCGCCCACCGAUAAAUACACUUUAGUGAAGGGCAUCAUCGACAGUAAGGCGACCACCAGUCGCGAAGUUGUGGCGGUAACUGGCGAUGGCACGAAUGACGGCCCGGCCUUGAAGAAGGCCGACGUCGGCUUCGCCAUGGGUAUUGCCGGCACGGACGUCGCCAAGGAGGCGUCCGACAUUAUACUGACGGACGAUAAUUUUUCGUCGAUCGUGAAGGCGGUUAUGUGGGGUAGAAACGUCUACGACAGCAUCGCCAAGUUUUUGCAGUUUCAGCUGACCGUCAAUGUGGUCGCCGUGAUUGUCGCCUUCAUCGGUGCUUGUGCCGUGCAGGACUCGCCACUCAAGGCAGUGCAGAUGUUGUGGGUAAACCUAAUCAUGGACACGUUAGCGUCCCUCGCCUUGGCCACCGAAUUGCCUACGCCCGAUCUACUCCUCCGUAGACCGUACGGUCGCACAAAACCACUCAUUUCCAGGACAAUGAUGAAAAAUAUUCUCGGUCAGGCCUUUUAUCAGUUGAGCGUAAUUUUCACGCUUCUUUUUGCCGGUGAUCUGAUGCUCGACAUCGACACGGGCCGCGGAGUGGCGGCGGCAGGCGGCGGGCCCACGCAACAUUUCACCGUCAUCUUCAACACGUUUGUCAUGAUGACUCUCUUCAACGAAUUCAACGCUAGGAAAAUUCAUGGUCAACGCAAUGUCUUCCAGGGAAUAUUCACCAACCCCAUCUUCUAUUCGAUUUGGAUCGGCACGUGUGCAUCGCAAGUGGUCAUCAUACAAUACGGUAAAAUGGCAUUCAGCACCAGAGCGCUCACGUUAGACCAGUGGUUGUGGUGCCUGUUCUUCGGAAUCGGUACGCUAAUAUGGGGCCAAAUAGUUACGACUAUUCCUACACGCCGAAUUCCCAAAAUUCUUUCAUGGGGCCGCGGCCAGCCGGAUGAUAUCGGUGCGAUCAAUCUAGGAGACGAGAAAUUCGACCCCGACUCGGAUAAAAAGCCGCGCGCAGGACAAAUUCUAUGGAUCCGUGGUCUAACACGGCUACAAACACAGACGAGCAAUAGAACUCUGGUGCAGAAUGUAUCUGUGACAGGCAGAUCCCCUUCUCAGGAUUACUACAUGGUGAUAGGUGGCGAGUUGCAGGAACGUUUGAUACCGGUACCCUACAGCAAGAGUUCGACAGACCAAGCUAUCCGCGUAGUGAACGCAUUUCGGCAGGGCCUAGACACGCGCUACGGCGAGCACAGCAGCACCACUCUGGCGGAGGUACUGAGGAAGCAGCCGUCCCUGAGUAAGCGAUUCUCGCAGACGAGCAGCAUCGAGUACGCUGACAACAUACCGGACGAGCUCACCAUACCGGACAUCGACGUCGAGAGGCUCUCGAGUCAUAGUCACACCGAGACUGCCGUUUAGAGACGACGCCGCCGCGUCGUCAGUAGCGACGCCUACUACCAACUACUACGCCGACGACGCCGACGACGACGACGACGACGACGACGACGUCUUUGCCACUCUCCCGCGCCCGUCGUCUCCCCGUGGCCGUCGAUCGCUCAUAGAAAGAGCGGGGGGGCUCACCGAACGAGGGGGGAGGGAAAACUGAGAGAAAGAGUGCUGGAGAGAAAGGAGGUACGGGGAGAGAGAAGAAACGGAGCGGAGGCUCCAUUCACGGUUGAUAACGAGGGGGCGGGAGGUCGCAUCAUGGUCGAGAGGAGUCCGGGUCUCAUCCCUCCCUCCUCUCAGGCGACGUGGACGACCACCCCGACGAGAGCCCCGGGUCCGCUCCGGGGACCGACCGGUCGUCGCCGCCGGAUCAUCCGCCGAUCCGUGCGAGACAUCAAUUAUAAAUAUUACCCCAAAAGUAACGCACCACUGCCUCUCCUAUACGCAGUUCAGUUGUUACAUACGCCUCCCUUGCGUUUCCUCACCGUACCACCUUGUGGUCUCUCUUUUUGUGUUUCUCUUCUGUCAUGUGUGCGCGCGCGCGCGCGCACAAACGUGUAUGUGCGUGUAUGUAUGUGUGUGCGUGUUGAAUCGUUGAAUCCUUUCGUUCUUUAGCGCACCGCUGUGUGUGGAAGAAGCGCAACGACGGCCGCACGAAGGGAGACGCGGAAGGGAAGGAAAAGAGAGGAGGAAAAAGGAACAUAAAAGUCAAAAGAGAAGGAGAAAGAGAGAAAGAGAGAGAGAGAGAGAGAGAGAGAGAGAGAGAGAGAGAGAGACAUAGGGAGGGAGGAAAAGAGAAAAGGAGAAAGAUUCGAGAGGUCGAGUUUUAAUAUGUAGAUAUGUAAGAUACAGUUGGUACCCUUAAGUUGGUACAAAUCAUUCUUGACUCUUCUUCUUUCUUAUCUUCUUUCUUCUCUUCGUUGCUUCUUCCUUCUUGGUUCUCUCUUUCUUCGCCGCGUGAAUUUUCUCUCUCUCUCUCUCUCUCUCUCUCUCUCUCCUCUCUCCUUGAUCUUUUUCCGCGCUUUGUAUUUAUCUGUUUCUCUGUUUCUCUCUUCCUUUCCUUUCAUAUAAAUUAAUUGUUAUUUCUCAAAUGAUUAUCAUCUCUCUCCCUCUCUCUCUCCUUUUCCUCUCUUUUUCUCUGGUCCAUCUCUUCCAAAUCUCUCUUUUUCUCUCUUUCCCUUACCUUUCGCGACUUUUUCUCUUUCCCUUUGCCGCUCUCCCGAUCUCUCUCUUGCGCGCGAUUAAGGAUGAUCUAGUCACUAGUUUAUUAGUAUUACUCUAAUACUUCCGUGAUUUUGCACAGGGGGUGCCUUACCGAGAAAAGAGAGUUUGUAAAUGCAGUUUGUUUCCUAGCGUUACUGUUACGAUAAACGAAAAGAGAAAAAAAGAAAGAAAGGGGGGAAAGGAUGAUGGGGUAAAAGUGUUAUUACGCGAGGUUGCACGGAUUCUUCUUCUUUUUGUUUUCGUUGUCGAAAGACAUCGCAGAUCGCGGAAUCGAUCGCCGUAACAUUGCCAUUGCCAUUACGCUUAAAUCGAAGAUCCUGAUAGUAAGGGCGUAAUCACGCUGCGCACGUGCUUUAACACACACACACACACACACACACACACACACACACACACACACACACACACACACACACACACACACACACACACACACACACACACACACACACACACACACACACAACAUAUACAUAUGCAGCGAAGAACGGUAGAAGGGGAGAAAAAUCGAGGGUGGAGGAGGAUUAUCAGUUUUGGCGUCUGAGCAGUGUAUGCACAAACGACGCGUACAUACAUGAAGCACGGCACGUCGUCAUGGACAUAGCUCGUGUGCAUAUGUUGCUCGGACGCCAGAAUUGAAAGUCCUGGGGCCGAUAGAGGCAGGGACGACGGUCGCGCGGAAAAGAAAAAAGAAUCAGGCAGAACAGAUGGGACGCGCGAAUAGGCGAUAAAGUACUUACAAUCGCGGGGGAAGAAUCGCGUUUAGUCGACGAGCCUUUUCGAUACUUUCGAUCGCGUCGACGAAUAACUUAAAGCGACCUAAUCGAGGAAAGAUAGGGUAUAGAAGGCAGGGUAUGCCGGAAAAGGGGGAAGAGGGGAAAGGAAAAGAAUAGAUUGAGGAAAAUGAAGAUUUUUAUUCGUUCAUCCUGUGACUACGAUGUUAUUCUCAGGACCUAUCGAUUUCAUCGCGUGUACGAAGCGCGAAAAUAUAAUUAAAUAUACAUAAAUAUACAUAUAUACAUAAAGAGAGAUAUAUUAUAUAUAAAUAUAAUUAUAAAUAUCAUUAUCACACGAGGGGGUGGGGGGAGGAAUAGUUCGUAUCUCGCGAUUGUGGUGAAACGUGUUUCUUCACGACCGCCCGACGGGGACAAAGAACAGGGAAAAAGUAAGGGACGACGAAAUAAUAGAGGGUAAAGGGUGUAGAAUUCCGCGAUCGCGCUCGAUUACGCGAAUUAUAAUCGAGAAUCGCCGUCGCUCAUCGCGGACCCCGGUAAAUAAAAGCUGUAUGUAAAACGUUGGCAAUAUAGGUUUAUUAUUAUACUUCGUCGUAAGUUUUACGUUUUUAAGUGCAAAACCGCUGCCAAAUAACAGAGAAUUAGCGUAUAUAACGUGUGUACGAGGUUACAUCUCCAUGAAGUCAGUAGCCGUAUUUUGUAGUUCUAGCUUAACGUUCAUUUCUCAAGCGCUCUUUCGCGAGAAAGAGAGAGAGAGAGAGAGAGAGGAGAGAGAAAGGGAGAGAGUAAAAAAAUAAGAGAGAAGAAAGGAGGGCGAAAGAGAGGAAACAGACCUGCGGGUGCAGAAAUGGAAAGAUGAUAGAAAGAAGGAGCACACACAGAAGUACGUUAAGCGAAAAGGGAAAGGAAAGGGGGGAGUUAAAAAAAAAAACGUUUUCGAGUCUUCGAAGUACCUAAGUCAAGUUAUUAUGCCGUAAAUGAAAACUUGAAAAAAAGAGUAUAAGUAAAAAGCAGCGUUCUCUUUAGGUCCGUAUAAUAUAUAUAUGUAUAUAUAUAAUAUACACAUAUACAAUAGGACUUCUCUCUCUCGUUUGAAAAAAAAAAAAAAGGCUUUAAGAGGCCUAUUUAUUGCACCUUAUUCUAGUCUUAAGCACUCUAUAUGCCUUACACUGCCAAAUAAUAAAGACGCGUAUUGUUACGUAUACCUUUGUGUUACACACACGCACACGAAUUUACACAAACACACACACACACACACACACACACACACACACACACACACACACACAGGCAUAGGUGCAUACAAAUUGCACCGUCGUUACUUACCCAUUGCUGUUCGUCCUCGUCUCGUUCGUCGUGGCCGUCACGACGCCGUCGUCCUGACGCCGCGCUCGUUCUCGUCUAACUCACCCUGCCGUCGCGUAUCUCGACCCUUGCGUAGAGAUCGUAAUUUAACGCCCGCGUCACUUACCUCCCUUUACUUUUCGCGCUUAGGCAUGCACAAGAGGGGGCGAGUUAACGCUGAAAUUAAUUUCAACGCGAGAAGAUCCCGCGAUCGGGCGAAUCUCCCUCGAAGAAGAUGAACGUGGCGCUAACGACUUGCACGACUUAAACUGUACUUCCGCAAUACCUGAGUAACUUCUGUCGCGACGCCAGGUUCUCAGCUGGAUCUGGCAAGUGAAGGGAGACAUAAAGAUGUCUCAGCAGACUUAAAAAAAAAAAGAAAAAUUAACGCGAUAGGCUCGGAUGACUUUCGGAGUUUUCACGUCGUUAACGAUAGUUAAAUUAUAAAAUGGUUUUGCGAGUUCACAUUGCGGGUUCCAAAUGCACACGAAUUGAUCGAUCGUCCCUGAUCCGAUUUCGUUCGAUUUGCUUCUGAUCCGGAGAGAGUGAGAGGUUUUUCGAAAACGGGAAAAGGCACGAACGAUGCUCGAUUGUGUGACUCGAUAUUCAAUCCUCGGUAUACAUGUACAGAAAUACGACAUGUGUACACACGUAGACGUAGACACAUACACACAUACACACACACACACGCAUAUACAUAUACAUAUAUAAAUAUAUAUAUCCCCGUCAUUCGUGGGUCGCGUCAUUUUGCCAUUGUGGACCUCGUUUCCGUUUCCUUCUUCGCUCAUCAUCAGCAAAGAGCCGCGUAAGUCAUCCCGUCCCUUAUUAACUGAGAAGAGCAUAUUAGGAGGAAAAUAUUUUUAUGCGCCAUUAACGCGUUUCUUAUAUUGUAUCUAUUGUACUUAAAGAAAAAAAAAAGAACCGCAUUUCUCUCGCUAGUAUAUGAAAAAAAAAA